CCAGGCCCCACCUCCCGCGCCCAGCCCUUCCCGGAAGGGCGGCCCCUUCCCAGCCCGGCCUUCUCGGCGCGGCGGCGGCAGCAUGGAACGGUCGGAGGCCUACGGCUUCUCCGCGGUCAUGAGCGGCGCGUUCCUGCUGUCGUGCCUGCUGUUCGCGGCCGUCAAUCGCGGGCAGCGCGGACCCUACAUGGACGAGGCCUUCCACGUCCCGCAGGCACAGGCCUACUGCCAGGGACGCUUCCUGCAGUGGGACCCGAUGAUCACCACACUGCCGGGCUUGUACCUGGUGUCGGUGGGAAUAGUGAAGCCUGUGGCAUGGCUCUGUGGAUGGACGGGAAGCGUGGUGUGCUCUACAGGGAUGCUCAGGUUUAUUAACCUGCUUUUCAGUGCUGGGAACUUCUAUUUAUUGUAUUUACUUCUGUCCAAGAUCCAUCAGAAGAAUAAGGCAGCAGGUGGUCUUUGGAAGAUGUGAUUUAAGGAAGAAAGCACUUCAGUACCUAUAAAGAAUACAGCAAUGAAAAAACACUUCCCAGGGUCUCACCCUCAGCUGAAAGGAAACAUAAAAGUGCUGUUCCCACAUCUACACUGGCUACUAGAAAAAGAGCACAGGUACAUGAACCUGCCCUGGGACUCCAGACGUAGAAGGAAAAGAAUAAACCCUGAGGAGGAGGUCAGGAGUGCCCAGCGCCUGGGAGCAGCAUGAUUAUCCAUGGGGAAAGAGCCUGCACAGCCAGCACCGUGUGCCCCACUGUUUCACAGAAAGCUUCUUCUGAGGGACGGCCAUGGUGCUGGGUAUGAAAGAUGAGGUGUUGUUGUUGGUGUGUCCUAGUACCUCGGUGCUGCCAUCCGUAGCUCUCCAUCACUCAAUAGCCCUUCUGCUCUCCCCUGAGCCACUCAAUUCCAUUAGCAGCAUGUCUGGCAUUUGUCACCACACACCUUUCUUUUUCUUCUGGCAUAUAUAUAACCCCUGUUGGCCUUGAUACUGGUGUGACACGCAAACAAGUUACAUAAAGACUCUCCAGGUGCAUUUUCGCAUCUCACAAGUCCCCUAUAAUUCAUAGUCCAAUAUUUGAAGAGAGUGGCUGGAUUCAGCACUGAGUCAGAUCUCCUUUGAGAGGAUUAGAUCUUACAGUGGUACCCAUGCCCCAUUUUCAGUCCUCUCUACUGUCUUCCUAAACAAGAAUCCCUAUGUUUCUGGUUUGAACAUUUUGCUUUUGUUUUGAGGCUUAUUAAAAAUCGAGAGCCAGGUGGUAUCAGCAUGCGGGAACUGGGCACAUGCCUCUUCCACCAUGUGGUGCCACCAGCUGAAAAGGGGGAAAUACAGACUUUGCAGUUAUUUGACUCUGUUCACUGCUGAUUCCACUACCAGCUUGAAAAACUGCUUCUUUUCUGUGGUAUAGAGUGAAAUAGCCUGUGCACUAUGUGAGUUAUGUCAAAAACCUUACGAUGUUUUCCACAAUAGACUUGCAUGUAGGUGGUAAGCAAAGCCCAGUCUGCACAUGCUGAAGACUGGGCUGAUCCUGUUCCUCUUCACUGCUGUUCAGACUCAGCACAGAAAAAAUCAAAACAAAGAAAUGUUUCAGGGUGCGGUCGGGAAAUGUUGAGGCUUUCAGUGACUCAGCUGGAUCCUUAUCCCUGAUAAACUGCCUCUGAGAUCCUGAGGCUACUGGACCAUAGACCAAAGGAGCCAUUGAAACAAGGCUCUUUAUUGAGAUGUGUUUAUUUCCUCAGGUGUCUCUAUGCAUCAUUAGAACACAAAGUGUGAACAUAAUUCAUUCCCAGGUGCAUUUCAAGCAUGCUGUCCUGUCAAAGCAAUAUCAGCAACACGUGGACUGAACCUCCCUCCCCACCCCUGUCCGCUCCAGCAGAAGGAGGCUUGGUCCCUAGCAGUGGGAAGCUGGUAUGUGAAUUGUACAGAUCCAUCAGAAUAAACUGAUCGCAGUUGUUCCUCACCAGUUUAUCCCCCAAACAAAAGUAUUUUGAUUAUUUGAGUGUCAAGCAAUCAAAUGCUGUACCUCAGACACAGCUAUUCCAGGAGAUAAUUAGAAGCACAGAGGAGCAAACAAUAUGCCACAGAAACGAUCAUCGCAGUGUGAUCCAAAGGAUAACUUUGGUAAUGCAAGUGUUUCUUUGCUGGAUGACUCACAGAAAGAAGCAGGGGCUGGAGCUGCUGAAAAAGGAGCCUGCUCCAUGGGAACAUAGAGUGAAGGUCAAGGAUCAACUGUGUAAAACCGACUUUUUGUUUGACGUUAAUAAUCUUAAGGAAAUGGAUGGAGUGAGAGCAAAUGUCAGCUCCAGUAAUGACUAUGUAACUCUGGGACCGUAUAGAAAAGUGAUAGUCUAGCUCACAUGCUGCUGGUGGAAAUAAUGGGGAGAGGUGAGCUGAGAAUUCAAGCCUCACUUUAAUGUUUUCUUUUGAGCUUCUGAUUUAUCGAUGGGACAGAUAGCCCUCUAAUAUUUAACUCUCUGUAUUAGCAUAUAUAUAUAUAGCACAUAUAUAUAUAUGUAAUAUAGCAUAUAAAUACAGUACAUAUGCAUUUUUUACUGUUGUCUUUCAUCUGUGUAACUUCCCAAAGCUGUACAAAAACCAUCAUCUCAGCAGUACUGUCACUUAUUAAAGUUUUUGAAAGUAUAAAUGUCUAAUAGUUUUUAUGUGAAGGUCCAACUUUCAUGUUAUGGCAUUUAAUGCAAAACAUAAAUAUUUUAGAAUAAUAUACAUACUAUAUAAGAAUAUGCGCUAAGUUGUUAAAUUUUGCACAUACAUGUUGGUUUGGGCUGGGGUAGAGUUAAUUUCCUUCACAGUAGCCAGUAUGGGGCUAUGUUUUGGAUUUGUGCUGGAAUCAGUGCUGAUAACACAGGGGUGUUUGCUUUUACCUAUUUAAACUGCCUUUAUCUCAACCCAUGAGUUUUCUCACUUUUACCCUCUGGUUGUUUCUCCCAUCGCUCCAGGGGGGAGUGAACAAGAGGCUGUGUGGGGCUAAUGGCUGGCUGAGGUUAAACCACAGCAACCCUUUUUGUCACCCGACAUAGGGCUCCAGGGGUGUGAGAUAAUGACAGAUUUGAUUGGAAUGUGUUAGAUUGAAUUUACAGCUUUAUUGCUGUCUAGCUAUUAAUUGACAGGCUUCUGUGCUUGCCUU